AUGGUGCUCGAUUUUGAAUAUGGUAUUAAUACAGGAAAUCGUUUUCUACAAUUCGUAGAUCACGAUGAAGAACCUGAAGCAUUUAUUGCUGCACAAGCACAAGAAGAAGCAAAACAAAAAAAACCUGUAACGAAAGAUACAAAACAACCAGCAAAAAAAACGACGACUACAACUAAAACAGCAACAACAACGGCUAAAACCAACAAAGAAAAUUUAACUACAAAAUCAACGAAUGUCGAACGACGACAACAAUCAGCUACAGUGCCAGCUGUUUUCGGUGAUAAUAACAAUCAACAAAUUCGUAGUGAUAGUGCUCGAGGCUCUCGUGGUGGUUCAAGAAGAGGUGGUCCACCUUUUGAUGGUGCUGGUCGUGGACGUUCACAACGUUUUACCAAAUUCGAAGGACAAGGUUCAACGAAUGAAUCAAAUUCAGGAGAACAAGGUGGUGACUCAUGGAAUAAUGAAUCAGGAACGCGUGGUGGCAGUCGGGGACGUGGUGGACCAAGAAGAGGUAACUUCGAAGGAGGCCGUGGCAACUUCGAAGGUGGUCGUGGCGGUGCCGGUCGAGGUCGUGGUGGACGUGGACGUGGAUAUUUCAAUAACCGAAAUCAAGAAGAAGGUGGUGCACCACAAGAAACUAGUGCAUGGCAACAAAGUACCGAAACAAACUUUGAAAGUGCUCGCCCACAAUCCACUCGUGAAUACGAUCCAGAAGUAUCACCGUUGGAACGACCACUUGAGCCGGAUAAUACUCGACGUAAUACUCGAGGUAAUUAUCGUGGUCGAACAUUUCACAAUAAUCGUAAUUUUGGUGAUCGCGAGGGUGGUGAAGGUACUGAUGAGUAUCGAGCUAAUCGUCGUCAAACUGAUCGCCAACCGCGUUCUCACGUUACAGGUGUGAAACCAAUCGAGAAAAAAGAUGGUGAAGGUGCACAUAAUUGGGGUAAUCCAACCGAAAAUCCGGAAGAUCAUCCAUUGCCUGAAGAAACCAAUGAAGCAGGCGCUCCAGUAUCGAAAGAUUGGGCACAACAAGUCGAUGAAGCUGAAAAACAAAUGACAUUGGAUGAAUACAAAAAACAAGUCGAAGCCAAAAAACGUGCCUAUCAAGAAAAAGUACCACAAUUCAAUACACGUGUUGCUGGCGAAGGUGAAGAUCCAAAAAGUUGGCAAAAAUUCGAACAAGAAUAUCGAAAGAAAAAUGAUGAAGAUGAAUAUGAUGAAGACGAAGAAGAAGAAGAGGAAAAUGAAAGUGGCGAAGAAAAUGAAGAAGAACAAACUAGUGGAAAGAAGAAAAUUAUUACAAUUCCACUACGUUUUAAACCAAUUGAAGUUCCACGUGGUGCAGCUGGUUCAAGAGGUGGACCACGCCGUGGAGGAGGCCGCUUUCGACCAAACCGUGAUGAACAACAAAGAUCUACUUCACCAAGUCAAGGCCAAAGCUCACCAUCUCAACCGUACGAUGAACAACGAGGCGCACGCCGUGGCGGUGAUUAUCGUCGUCCUGGCCGUGGUGCUCGCCAAGGUGGUCGUUCAAAUGCUGAUCCUAACGCGCCAGCGCUCGACAAUCCAGAUGAUUUUCCGACUCUUCCCAAACAGUAA